AUGGUGCGAGCAGCCAGUGUGAAGCUGUGGUGGAACUUUCGCAUUGACCACACUUUGUGGUCAGAUUUUAUGAGAGCCAAGUAUUGUAGGCGGGUCCAUCCGGUCGCCAUGGUGGCCCGGUAUUCGGAUUCGCACACAUGGAAGCGAAUGCUAGCAGUUCGUGAUGAGGUGGAGCGGGUUCUCAUGUGGCACGUGUUCCAGGGCCGGGUUAAUUUCUGGUGGGAUAACUGGUCAGGUUUGGGGCCACUCGGAAACAUGUUUCCGUUCCCGAGGGUUUCUUACUCUCGGGAGAUGCUCCUGGAUUACAUACAUGAUUGUGUACUUGAUUUGACUGGUCAUGAGGAGCUUAUAUAUGCAGGGGUUGCCAUUGAUUUGUCCAGAAUGAGCCAAGGCCCGAGGGAUAUUCCUCUCUGGACAGCCGCAUCAGACGGUAUGUUUUCUUAUGCCUCAUCUAAGGCUUACCUAAGGCCUGUUUUGCCCAUUGCACCGGACCCACUUCUCGCUAAGUGUUGGCGUAAGCACCUUCCUUUUAAGGUAUCCUUCUUGGCUUGGAGAGUGCUCCGAGGGCGGAUACCCACGGAUGAUGCCUUAUCUCGUUUCGGGCAUGUGCUCGUGUCAAGAUGUAGGUGUUGCCCAGACCCGUCUAUUGAGACCAUUGCACAUCUUUUUUAUGAUGGGGAAACAGCAAAAACUGUUUGGAGUUAUAUAUUGGCGUCCCUAGGCUUGCAGUCACGGCACCGGCGUCUUAGGACGUUAGUGGCUGGCUGGGGCCGGGGAGGGGCGCGUAACCCUUUAUUUUCUUUUGUUGUUAGCAAGUUGCCAUGCUUGGUGAUGUGGGAGCUAUGGAAGCACCGCAACGGCUGUAUGCAUGAUCGGGGUGCCCCGAGUGUUGCGCGAGUUAUGUUCGGGGUGGCUAGAGGGGUUGCGGAAUGCCUGUUCAGGCGUUGGCAUAUCCUGCCCCCGAGCUGGAGGACGAUAGUUGCAUAUCUGGAGGUACAUGUGCCGAGACGAUUGGUUAGGGCGGUCAGGUGGACCCCACCAGCAGCUAGAGCUCUUAAGAUUAAUGUAUAUCUUUCAGAAGCUGGAGAGGGGGCCGCAGCCUUGGUGCGCAACUCAAUCGGCGGACUCUGCUAUGGGGUGGCGUGGUCUGGGCGAGGGGAGCAUACCCAAGGUUUAUUUCGGGUUUUGUUCUCCUGUCUACAGUGGUGCCUGGCUGGAGGAUAUGUGGAGAUUAUUAUGGAAUCCACGAUACAGGACCUGGGACGUUAUCUUGAUGCCUCGAGCCGGCCGCCGUGGGUGUUAGAUGAGGUUGUAUCCCGCCUCCGUUUCCUGUGUUCAUCUGGGUCUGUCUCUGCCAGUUUGUGCCCAUCAAGGGCUAACCUGCCGGCACAGGCCCUAGCUGAUUGGGCUGUUGCCGAACCAGGAGAGACUCGUUUCACAUGUUUAGCUGAGCUUCCAUCCAGGGUGCGCGUUCUCAUUGUUGAUGACGAUGUGCCUUUUGUCUUCUUGACGAAGAAGACCCACCCUGAUUAUGCUUUUAUCUUACUUGGGGGCCUGCGUGCCUGUAUUUUGCGACCCGCAUUUCAUUUAUAG